AUGUCUUUGAAUUUCAUUUUUAAUAAAUUUUACGUACCAAUUCCAUUUAACUUUUUUCUUUCUUUUUUGUUUUUUUCAUUUUUUCUUUCUUUUCUGUUUUUUUCCUUUUUCUUUUUUAUGUUUUUUUCCUUUUCUUUUUUUUUUUUUCCUUUUUCUUACUUUUUUUUUUUCCUUUUGCUUUCUUUUUCUCUUUUUCGAUCUUUUUUGUUUUUCCUUUUUCCUUCUUUCGUGUUUUUUUUCUUUUUCUUUUUUCCUUUUUUCUUUCUUUUUUUACAUGUUCUUUUUUGUUUUUUUCCUUUUUCUUUCUUUUUUUCCCUUUUUCUUUCUUUUCUUUUUUUCAUUUUUCUUUCUUUUUUGUUUUUCCUUUUUUCCUUCUUUCUUGAUUUUUUCCUUUUUUUCUUCUUUUUUUUUCGUUUUUCUUUCUUUCUAUCUUUCCUUUUUCCUUUUUUUUGUUUUCCCUUUUUCUUUCUUUUUUGGUUUUUUCUUUUUCUUUCGUGUUUAGUUUUUUUCUUUUUCUUUCUUUUUUCCCUUUUUCUUUCUUUUCUUUUUUUCCUUUUUUCUUUCUUUUUUGUUUUUCCUUUUUUCCUUCUUUCUUGA